AUGAGAAUAACAGGCGCCACCAUCCUCACCCAGUUCACACACGCUUUAAAUUAAUGACAUAAAGUUAUAGAGCUCUCGUUCUUCAUUUCAUUAUUCGAUAUUGGAGCUCUUUGACUUCUCUGCAGCGCCAGGAAUGGAGUUUACUGUUUAACUCCUUCUCUUAUCAGGAUAAGGUUAAUUCAUAAUGUGAUUGGAGGAUAGCAGUUGUAUAUUGCAGACAGAUAUGGUGUGCGGCUGCUUUCGUUCUCUUGUAGAACGGAGGAGUAUUUCUCGAGCUCAUCAAGAUGGAGAAGGAAAUUUGAUGCAACACGUUAAUCAAUUCUCCUACAAUGAACUAAGAUCGGCAACAGAUAAUUUUCAUUUACGAAACAAUAUCGGAAGAGGGGGUUUUGGAACUGUUUAUAAGGGAACUCUAAAAAAUGGAUUACAAGUUGCUGUGAAGACACUGUCUGCCGAGUCAAGGCAGAGGGCUGGGGAAUUUUUGAAUGAGAUCAAUACAAUAUCGAAUGUUAGGCAUCCAAACCUUGUUGAAAUCGUUGGAUGCUGUGUUCAGGGGGCUUACAGGAUAUUAGUCUAUGAAUAUCUGAAAAAUAAUAGUCUUGAUCAUGUGUUAUUAGGUCGAAAGAGUACAAAUAACAGACUUGAUUGGGGAAGAAGGGCUAUUAUCUGUAUGGGUAUUGCUAAGGGACUAUCAUUCCUUCACGAGGAACUUACGCCACAUAUCGUGCACAGAGACAUCAAAGCUAGUAAUAUACUUAUUGACGAAGAUUUUAAACCAAAAAUUGGUGAUUUUGGAUUGGCUAAGCUUUUCCCAGAUAAUAUUACGCACAUUAGCACAAGAGUAGCAGGAACAAUUGGUUAUUUGGCACCGGAAUACGCUUUGGGAGGUCAAUUAACGAUGAAGGCUGACGUUUACAGUUUUGGGGUCCUUGUACUUGAAAUAAUUAGUGGUAGAAGCAGUUCAAAGGCAAACUGUGGAGGGAUGCAGAAGUUUCUACUGGAGUGGGCGUGGGAGCUCCACAAAGAAGGAAAACUCUUGGACCUAGUGGAUCCAGAUAUUGGAGAAUUUCCAGAGGAAGAAGUCACUAGGUACAUGAAAGUAGCAUUUUUCUGUACCCAAGCGGCAGCAAGCCGAAGGCCACUAAUGAGUCAGGUUGUUGACAUGAUAUCAAGGAAAAUCCUACUCAAUGAAAAGGAACUUACACCGCCGGGUUUCUUUCAAGGUUCUACCACCCUUGGCGCUGUACCUUCUUCAACUAAGAUGUCAUUGGGUGAAUCUACAUCUAGUAGCUGUUAGGUGAGCUCAGUUCCUAUCACGAUUACUCAGGUCACCCCUAGAUGAAAGAUGAAAUCUUUAUUACUCAGGUAUCUUCCAUCCAAUUAUUAAAAGGAGAGAGAAGCUUCUUGACUUGCAUAUUCAUGUGUUUCUAAGUUAUGCAGUGCUUUUCAUAUUCUUUUUCGGAUACGAGAAAGGAGCAGAGUUCAUAUUGUUCUUUGAGAUGAUGUAUAAUUGGCGAAAUAUAUUACUAUGAUUUGUAUGUAUCAUAACCAAGUCCAAGAGCAUGCAUAUCCUAUGCUUACCCCGUUA